CAGCAUUUAUUUUGUGUACUUUAAAAUUUGCUCAACUUCAAGAAAGUAGCAGCUUGCCAGUCAGACAUGGCAGUACGUUCGCUUCUUGCUUUGAUGGUUUUGCUUUUCUGCCUUGCUGAGGUCUCGUCUGAUCUCAAGACAGAUACCGAAAUACCCCGAGUUUUCCAGCUUGUUGUGAGAGGUGGAAACAGGAGGCUCAUGCAAGACAUAGAUUGUGGAGGGUUAUGCAAGCAGAGAUGCAGUCUUCACUCAAGGCCUAAUCUGUGCAACAGGGCAUGUGGCACCUGCUGUGUGAGAUGCAAGUGCGUGCCUCCUGGGACCUCAGGGAACAGAGAAGCGUGUGGGACAUGCUAUACUGACAUGACCACCCAUGGGAACAAGACCAAGUGCCCAUAGGAUCAAGAACCAUGGGCUUUGUGAAGCUUUCUGUCUUGGGUUCUCUUUUCAGCUUUUGUCUAAUCAAAUGAUAAUGUAUCCGAGAGAUGCUGCGGAGAGUGCUUGCAUCUUAGCUUUUGUUCUUGUUUGAUUUCAUGCAUGGUAGGGAUAAAAAUGUUAAAAUAGGUGUUUGUGAAAAUCAAUGUCUGUUGGUUUCGACUAAUUAUUGCUCUCUUCUUUCCUAUUA